CUGCACAGCUCCGUAACAGGCCUUGCAGCACCGACGGAUACCCAUCAAGCAGCUAUGGAUCCGCACAAUGGAGAAGGAUCUUAUGAGAACGGCAGCAAGCCUGGCUCGUCCGUGCAGGAUGGCCAGGAAAUAGAUGUCAAGCAGCAGACGGAAAUGGCGGACUCGUUAAAGCGAUCCAUUACGCUGGUAAUAUGGUACAAGCCCAACGAAAGCCCAAUCCGCUUGAACCACCACGUCCCGUCCUUCCCCCUCUUCCAAAUGUCGCACUUUCCCCAGCUCGUAUCCGAGCUCAAUCUCAACGCCGAAUCCUAUGUCGAUGCGUACAACGACCGCACCGGGCAGUGGGAGCAGCACAUGAUCACCACGGUGCGCCCUGUUGAGAGCGAGCAGCGGCUACUGUACAAAGUCCGGAAGAGCCUCUUUGCAGGACUCAGUGACGAGGAGUGCGUUGGCCUUGCCGACGAACUGGCAUUGCAAGCCAAGGCCCGGGACCCGCAGAACCCGCGACCAUCUCCGUAUACGAACAAGAACGGCAAGGCGGUGAAAUUCCAAGGCGCUGGCGGGAAGAAACGUGCAGCCCCGGAGGAGCCUUCCGCUUCAGCGCCCCCUGCUGCCAAGUAUCACAUCACCGAUUACGGAGCCCAGCAAGGAUACAUGCUGCAGCAUCCCGGCCACGCCUACCCCCAGAACCUGUCGAGCCCCGGCAGCCACCUCGCGGGUGCGUCUCCCAUGGGCACGCACGGGCACAUCACGCACGUCGCGUACCCAUACCAGACCUCGCCCACGCAGUACCCGCCCGCGCCGCUGAUGGCGAUGGCCCCGUCUUUCCCGCCCCAUUACCCGCACCAGGCGCCCCAGCACCACCACCACCCUGCGCAGGCGGCGGGCCCCGGCUCGCCGUUCCACGGGCACGCGCCGGCGGUGAAGCGCUGGCCGAACGACUACACGGUGGCGGAGGUGACGCUGGGCUUCGCGCAGAUGGACGGGCUGAUGAGCCAGACGCCGAGCAUUACGCAGCGCGUUGCGUUCGAGCGCGUGUUCGGGACGCGCUACGUGAAGAGCACGGUGUGCCGCCACCGCGGGGUGUGGAAGCGUGCGGGCAAGGGCGUGGGGAGUAUGGGGAACGGGGAGCGGGAGAUGUGGGGCGACUUUGUGCGGCGGAUCGAGGGACGGCGGGGCGAGAUCCCCAAGCCGGUCAUUCUGCCUCUUGGUGAGGGCGGCAGUAUAUCCGGUGCGGAUCGAGACGCGUAUAACGAUGGUGAUGGGAGCGGUUCGGCGGACGCGUCCGGAGACCAGGAGGAAGAGGAGGAAGAUGCAGACGCCGAGGCGGUCAUGGGGUCAUUAGGACCGCCGCCGCCGCCGCUCAAUAAUGGUGACGUCCAGGGAGUUCCUGCACCCAUAAUGGCCGCUACGAGUGUAGCAGCAGCUUAG